UUAGCGGUGGCAUUGCUGCGAUGAUGCGGUCGGAACCAGGGAGCUCAUUAUGUAGUGGAAAUCCCCUUUAUUUGUUUCUGGACAUCAAAAGAAAAGCUACACGUGAGUGCAAUAUUAUUGCAUAAUACCAGCACAUUUGUGAAUGUCAUUCUGAUCAGAGGACACUGAAAGAUGGCUGCAAGACCUAUGAAAAGAGGAAUUCCAACUGCGCACACUGAGUUACUUUAUGAAUUGGGCAAACAACUACUAGGGGAUCAGUUUGAAGAGAUGAAGGAGAUGGUUAAGGCAGAGGAAUUUGGGAACCUGAAGCCGGGGGAGCUGGAAAAGAUCAAGACUCCGGCCGAGUUGUUUCAGAAGUUGCAGCAUAAAAACAUUAUCAGAGUUGGCGACUACAGAAAGCUGAGGCUUCUUGGUAAAAAGCUUGGUAUCCAGGAUUUGAUCGAUCUCAUAGAGGAUGCAGAAAGAGCAUUGAGAAAGGAAGGUUACCAGAUCAAGCGUGAUUAUGAUUAUGCCGAAUCAGCAUCAUCUGUGGUCUCUAUGGAAACGGGAAGCGUUCCACCGUCCAGGAAUAACAAUAACACCAGGCUGAUAUCGACAAGCAGCAUAGAUGAUGCAUUUCCAAGUGAUGUUCCAAUGGAUGAUGUGGACCACACACGGCACCAUGAUGACCGACCUCGUUAUCCAGAUGGCCGAGGUUAUGUACUGUUCAUCAAUGAAUUUGUGGAGCAUGCACAUGAUGAUGGAUACCUCCGUGUAGGCUGUGACAAAGACAAGGAGAAUAUUGAGAAGUUGUGCGAUGAAACAAUGAAGUAUAAAUUUGACAAGUACGAAGACUUGAAGAGGCCCAAACUUCUGAAAGUGUUAGAAGAUACGAAGGAGAAACUUAAAAGGGGGAACUACACCAAAUUCAUUCUGAUCAUUUGCAGCCACGGCUUGCAGGUUGUUCAGGAAAAGAACAACCAGAAACUGACCCAGGAAAGUAUUUUUACAGUGGACGGAAAAAGCAUAACAGAGGAAGAGCUGACUGGGCCGUUCUUGGGAGACAAAUUUAAAGAGUUCGCAGGUAAACCCAAAGUCUUUAUCAUCCAGGCGUGCAGGGCACCGCGGCCAGACUCCUCCGACGACAUGACGGGAGAUCAGCGGAAGCGUGCCCACCCAGACGGUGAACUGGGUCCUCCCACCCUCACGCGCCCUGUCAACGCCGACGUCCUGGUCUCCUACGCCACAACAAAGGGCACCAAGGCUUGGCGGAAUGAAGAGGACGGCUCCUGGUUCAUCUAUCACUUCUGCAACGUCAUUCGACAGCGCCAUCAGAAGGAACACUUGAUGGAUCUCCUGGUGAGGGUCAACGACGAGGUGUCCAAGAUGGAGUCCACCGAGAAGGGAGCCAAGCAGAUGCCUUGCCAGAUCACCACGCUGACCAAGCACAUCUGGCUUUGAACUGCUCCUCAUCGCCAUACAGAGAUUCAUCGUGCGGUAGUUAGCCUCAAUCCAUUUCUAAAUUUGUAGGACUGUGCUUGGGAUGGUUGUAUUUUGUUUACCAAAUAACUAAUGAAUUGCAUUUGAAGUAAAAUUGUAAAAUACUAAUUGAAAAAUUUCUUAUAAAAAACGGAUGCAUGAGUCAUUGUCUUAGCAUUGCGAGAAAUAAUUUCUUUUAAUAAUCUCUGAUACUUUUGAUCAGAUGUAUUGUGAAUGUGGGUAAAUGCCAGUGAAAUUGACUGCCACAGCAGUGGAUUUCGUGUUGAAAUAUUACUUACUGGAGAAAGGUCCAAAACUGUUAGCAUUAAAAUAUCAGUAUUGAGUGAAGUUGGGUAGUUAGUUAAUUUGUGAGGAAAGAUCUUUUUGUGGAUUGCCACUGCUUAUUCUAAAAUUGGACUACAAGAAUGGUUUUAUUUAUUUGGCCAAGGUUGUUACAUUUUGUAAUAUUGAUAAAAGAAAAAUCAUGUUGAAAUUGGAAGACGUAACCCUGAGAGGGCUAAUGUGUCAUUUGUAACUUAACACAGGAAAUGGGCCAAAAUAUGGCUAUUUUGCUGGUAUAAGUUACAAACAAACCCCCCCCCCAGUGUUUGAUAGUGAAUUUUGAAUUUUACCGAGUUAAAAAAAAAUUUUUUUAAAGCAACACAAAAUAAAAUGAAAUAUUAAUGUUGACUUCAGUGGGAAAAUUUCUCCCUUGGUUUACCCUAAAUUAGAGCUGGUGUAAACUCCUUUCUGCAGAACUGAUUUUGGCUGCCACGUUAUGCACCCCUUACUGCUUUAGCUGUUGAUGGUAACAGAUCCUUGUCAUCAACCACCAACUUCCUCCAUGUUUGUGCAGUGGAAAAAUGUUGGAGAGGGCUAUGCGGCUCAGUUUAAUACUCGGAUAUUUGAUUCUUGAUCGAAAAAUCAAAUUGGUAUUUUCAAAUUUGAUUUAUUGGCGGUGAAGUCAAUGAAAUAAAGAAGGAAAGAAUUCAAUUAUUGGAGUACAAAGUUGCAUUCUGAAGGUGUAACUUAAAGGCACAUGAUUACACAUAGUCAACAAUAAGGCUAAAAAGACCUUCUAUAAAUUUUACUUUUUUGUAAAAAUGAAUUGAUUUUGUUUCUGCUUUUGUGGGAAUUUUGUACAAGUUUAUAAUCAAUAUUUGACUGAAUGGAAGGUCAAAGAUUCAUAGAUUCAAAUUGACACAGCCUUACUAUUGAAAAUGGUUUGGAUUGCUUACAGAAGAUUUGAAAUUUCCAAAUGAUUGUGUCACCUCAUUUCAACAGGAAGAGGAAGUCAUUUACUUGUGUCAACUUGCAACCAAACCACAAGUACAUUAUAUCUGUUUUUGCAACAUCACAUUGAUGUUAAAAAUACAUGUACACAUGCACAUGUAGCUCCAUCAGGGAAAUGAAGACAUGUACCGAGUCGGCACAGCCUUUCUAUUGAAAAUGGUUUGGAUCGCUUACAGAAGAUUUGAAAUUUCCAAAUGAUUGUGUCACCUCAUUUCAACUGGAAGAGGAAGUCAUUUACUUGUGUCAACUUGCAACCAAACCACAAGUACAUUAUACCUGUUUUUGCAACAUCACAUUGAUGUUAAAAAUACAUGUACACAUGCACAUGUAGCUCCAUCAGGGAAAUGAAGACAUGUACUGAGUCGUGUCACAUUGCAAAAUCUCAUAUCCUGUGCAUUUUGCACACAGAGUGCAUGCACCAUAUGACCUAUGCCAUCAGAUGCAUUGUGCUUUGUUAGGUCAGUGUUUCAUCAUUUGGUUUUGUAGGGGGGGUGGUACAUGUAAAGGUUUUUUUCUCUCUCUCUUGAGGAAUUGCAUAUUGGCAUGAGACCAUCAGAAUCUUAAACCUGUGUUGGAGUUGGCAGUCUUGCCGUAGACAACAAACAGGAUGACUGAAGUUUCGGAUGUACAUGUACAUAAUAUAUAGCCCUGCCAUUACUUUCUCCUACAGUGUGAUAUUUUAGCCCGAACCCUGCUAGAGGCAGCACGGUGCACGUGGUGUAAAAGUCUGGUGCAGUUUGUUGCACUGGGCAGUCAACAGCAGCCAAGGAAAAAUUGCCCAUGUUAAGACAAAGGAGGAGAUAUUCGAUGUAAUAGAGGGACACUGCCUUAAAUAGGUCAGUUGUUAAAUAGUAGGAUAAUUCAUAUGAUCUUGUAGCCAUGUAUGAUUAGACUGUCACUCACACCUUCACUUCCUCCGGCCCAUCCCUGACUCCACCCCUCCCCACCCUCUACAAAUGGCAGCCUGGGUGUGCGGCUGUAGAGGGACCGCACAUGGCUCAAAAGAAACUCCAAACAAAAUCUCUGAUCUUAACGUCAGUUCAAGACUAACCGCUGUGUGACCUUUGACCUGAGGUUUGAAGCCUUGAUUGCCGUCAUUUGGCCCCACAAUUUGUAAUAAAAUGAUUAACACUCGUAAAGCUGUGACUUAAAGAUAUUCUAAAGUAUUGCAAUGAAAUCCUUUUUAUAGAGACAUUCAUAUAUGCCUGUAUACGUGCAUCAUGUGUCAGAUGGAUGACAAAUAUUCUAUUUGAACUUAGUAAUUGUGUAAUUAGAACAAGAAAGCAUUUUAAUUGCAGUUGGAUUAAUGUCAGUUGGUAGCAGGUUUUUGGGAGCCUUAAAAAAUCCUGUAAUUUUAAACAGCUGAAAGUACUUUUAAACUGUGCCUGAAACUUUGCUUUGAAGCAGCAUGUUGUAUUUUAUUAAAGUGGUAGCUAGCGCAUUGUGCCAAAAAUACUAGGACUGAUUUUAGAGCCAAUACAUUUGAUUUGCCAAAACCUGAUUUGAAAUCUGAAUCUCAUCUGAAAUGUAACCGUUGCUUUGGUAACAGAAGUAGCUAUAUAAAGCAACCACAACAUUUUCAACUCCGGUGUUGUUUUUAAUUGCCUUCUCACUUUUUAACAAAAAUUAACUCCGAAAGGUACUGUGAAAAAAUUGUGGGCCUGCGGUAUUGUGCGAAAGGAAAAUUAUGAGAGAUUACCAAAGGGUAAACAUUCGAAAAAAGUGAAGUGUUAAAUGUAUAUACAUGUACUUAAGGAAGGCUACCUUUCCAAAUUCUAUUUUAUUAAUUGCUGAACCAAUGUUUGUGUGAAAUGAACAAGAUACUAUGAUGACAAAUUUGGAUUGGAAUAAAAGGGGAAUCUCUUUCAUUCUGAUUUACAUUGAUAGAUUUUACAAAAGAACCAAAUCACAUAUUGCUAUAGGGUAAAAUCUGCAAAGUGUUGCAUGUUGCUCAUUGGCCAGAGGUUAAAGUUUGGCCUUUAGUUUAAAUGUCAGAAACUGUUUCUGUUCCAUGAACUGGUGAAUGCCAGAACAUCACAAUAACUUAGUAAUUGCUGUGCUGGAAAUACUCUGCUGGGAACUGUGUAGAGGGUGCUAGUGAAGCUUUGAGGUAUGCUGAAAGGAUUCACAACAGUAGAUACGCUAGUUUUGGUUCUAGAACUGAUUUCUGCAAUUUCAUGGAAAAAUUGUAGUCUUGCCAGUUGAUAAAAAGUAGCACUGCAUGCUUGCAAGAGAAAGGCUAAAAUUAGCUUUAAAAGCCAUAUAUUUUCAAGUACUGAUGUAGUUUUCUUUACAAAUUGUAUACAUUCCUGUCAUGAAAUGACAAAAAUCUUAUGAUACGUUCUCCUUUGAAAGGCCAAAAAGGAUAAAAGGUGUCUGUGAAAAUCAAUGUGUUAAAUGCUGUUGUUCAUAUUUUUUCUGAUUUUUUCGUGUUUACUUAGAUUUUUAAAGCUUUCUGCUUUCUGUAGUUUGCUGUUUUCCUUGCAAGUAACUUUACAGCAGUUGUUUAUUGUACUCAGAUUAAAAAAAUAUAUGUUAGUUUUUGUA